CAGCCGCAGCAGAGAGCGGGAUCGGAGCCGGCGCAAGGGCCAUAACCGGGAGAAGGAGAAAGAGAAGGAGAGGGACAGAGAGAAGGACAAGAGUAAAGACAAGGCAGAGAAAAAGGGGGACGCUGAGAACAUCAAAGCCGGAUUAGAACAUCUGACUCCAGCGGAGCAGGCUAAAGUUCGAAUGCACAUGGUCCUGCAGGCUGUGGCUAAGACAGAUGAGGUGCUGAAGGCCAAAGUAGCCAAGAGAGAGGAGGAGGCUCAGAAGAAACUGGAGGAAGAGGGAACUUCUCUGGAGGAGCAAGUGCGAAGGAUAAAGGAGAUUGAGGCCAUCGAGAGUGAUUCCUUUGUUCCUCAGGCUUUCAAAUCAUCCCGGGAUGAUAUAAAGACAGAGCCGGUGGAGGUGAAGCAGGACCCAGAAAGCGCAGACUCUCAGGACAUCACUCUUCCUGUGUCAAUAGUCUACAGUGACAGUGACGCACUUGCCCAUCCCAAUUUGUUCAUGGACAAGGAGAAGGCAGAGGAGCUCUGGCUUACUAGAUUGGUCUCACUGCGACAGGAGAGACUCAUGGGAAGUCCUGUGACCUAAAGAACACCAGAAACUCAGAUGCGUCUUCUCGUUGCCAGGACAGCUUCAGUCCAGAUCUACACCUCAUUCACUCCUUCGAGUUUGCUUUGAUUGAUCUCAGACCCAGUCACAUUCUGUCUUGUUUUAAUAAAUCAGAACAUUUCUUACUUUACUCUUCCACUAAUUUCUCUUACCCCUGAAAAUGUGUGAGAACUUGAGCAUAUAAACAGAUUUUUGUCUUGAUGUACUUAUUGUUUUAUUAGUGUUAAUGUAAUUCAAUUCAAAACUGCUGUUGGCAUUAUUU